ACUAAUAAUACGGUUUUGCUCAAGUAUAAGGUGAAGACAGACAUUCAAGCAUGGGAUCACUUGUUAAAGCUAAAACCCUCACCUCCGGACUCCUAGCUCACGCACGGACGUCCUUCCCGUCUCCUCUUUCUGCUUCUCGUCUCCAAAUCCGCUCCAUGGCUGACUCUGCGGCUUCCCAAUUGAAGCAAAUUCAGAUUAAGAGGGACGACACUACAUUUGAUGCAUAUGUCGUUGGCAAAGAAGAUGCUCCUGGGAUAGUGGUGUUGCAAGAGUGGUGGGGAAUUGACUAUGAGAUUAAGAACCAUGCCCAUAAAAUUUCACAACUGGCUCCUGGUUACAGAGCACUCAUCCCAGAUUUGUAUCGUGGAAAGGUCGGUUUAGAAGUUGCAGAAGCACAGCAUCUAAUGGAUGGCCUUGAUUGGCAAGGUGCUGUUAAGGAUAUCCAUGCUUCUGUUGGUUGGCUUAAAGCAAAUGGUUCAAAAAAGGUCGGCGUAACAGGAUUUUGCAUGGGUGGUGCUCUUUCCAUUGCUAGUGCUGUUCUGGUUCCUGAAGUUGAUGCUGUUGUUGCUUUCUAUGGAGUUCCUUCGUCAGAACUGGCAGACCCUGCUCAAGCCAAGGCACCAGUGCAGGCUCAUUUUGGAGAGCUUGAUAACUUUGUUGGCUUUUCAGAUGUAACGGCUGCAAAAGCUUUGGAGGAAAAACUCAAGGCAUCUGGGCUUCCAUACGAAGUGCACAUUUAUCCAGGCAAUGGCCAUGCUUUUAUGAACAGGUCCCCUGAUGCUGUGAAGAGGAGGAAGGGAAUGGGAUUGACUGAUGAAGACGAAGAUGCAGUGGAGCUGGCAUGGUCUCGCUUCCAGACAUGGAUGAGCCGCUUCCUGUCUCCAUGAUUGGAAAACCUUGAGUUGCUACCAUCCCCCACAUUUUUUCUACUUUUCUGGAAGUAUGAUAGUUACCUGGAAUUAAUGGAUGAUUAAUACGUUUUGUUAAUGGAUGAUAUUGGAUAGUAAUAUUUUUGAGAGAAAUUAUGUUACCUUCA